AUUUUUUCGUUCCUGCCAGGCGUAUCAUCAAGUUCGUGUCAAUCGUUACCUUGUCUGUAUUAUGGUAACGGCAAUACACUAAAAGCGAUUGAAAUCAACUCCUCCAAAGUGCACACAGUCUUAAGCAAUCUCAACUCCGUCGAGGCUGUCGACGUUCAUGUUAAACUCAACUUGGUGUACUGGAGCGAGACUCGGCCAAACGCCAUAAAGAGGUUGAAUGUUACUAGUGGAAAGGUAGAAGACAUUUUAAAGGAUAGCAGUCUUGGCGAGAUUGACGGAUUAGCAGUGGAGUGGGAGAGUGACCUCAUUUACUGGACUGACUAUACCAACGAACGCAUUGAGGUGGCACAACUGGAUGGCAAAAACAGACGAACUCUGAUCACUUCAGGAAUCCGCCGCCCACGGGAAAUAGCUGUAGAUCCACGAAAGGGGUACAUGUUUUGGAUAAGCCGCGGUUUACGACCGAGAAUCGAGAGAGCCACUCUAUCUGGAGACAGUAAGACAACCUUGGUCAGUUUUACCAGCUUAUGGUGGUCGUCUAGACCGAAUGGAAUAACCCUCGACUUUUCUGCAAACCGUCUUUACUGGGUUGAUUCUCUAACCAGCCGAAUAGAAAGCGUUGACUUCAAUGGAAACAACAGACAGCGUUUUAAGACACUCCUUUUCAGUAUCCGACCUUACGACAUUGUUUUGUACAGCGGGGUGUUUUACUACAGCGACACGAGCAGCCAGAGUAUCGACAAGAUCGACAAAGCAACGAAGCAAUCCCUUGGAAGCUACACGGGGCUUGGAGGAAGUAACGUUCUAAGGCUGGCCAUGUUUUCUCCUGUGCGACAACCGAAAGGUAGCUCCGCUUGCCACCACAAUGGCGGAUGCAGCCACUUCUGCCUGUUAUCACCAGCAGGGAACCAAUGCGCGUGCCCACCAGGAGAGAUUUUGAAGUCUGAUGGAAAGACGUGUGAUGAUGAAGGGAGCUCUGCGCGCCUGCUGCUUGUCGAUAUAACGCAGCAAGAACUCUUCCAAAUCCCUCUGUUACCCGGUUCCUCGGUUUCAACAACCGCUACAGCCCUUCCACUCAAUGAUGUCAGGAGUCCAGCGGGGGUGGACUUUGAUCCCGUCCAGGGGUACGUCUACUGGUCUGAUAGCUCCAGAGGUGAAAUAUUUCGCGCGCAUUUGAAUGGUAGCUCUCAGGAGCAGGUAGUGGAUCAGCUGGGAACAGCAGAUGGAAUUGCAGUGGACUCUGUUGGAAGGAAUCUAUAUUGGACAGACAGGACAGGCAAUAGAAUAGGAGUGUCCAAACUGGAUGGUUCCUUUAGGAAGACGCUCGUGUAUCAAAAUCUUUAUGACCCUGUUGAUAUUGUCCUGGACAUGGAAAAUGGGUACAUGUAUUGGGCUGAAGGAGCGAGUGGACUCAACAACCCAAAGAUAGAACGAGCCGAUAUGGACGGGACAAAUAGAAAAGUGAUAAUCACUUUGACCUUUUUCCAUUUUGGAACACCAAAUGGCCUCGCUUUGGACAAAGAACGCAAUCGUCUUUAUUAUGUGGUCGGACUAAGCACUGAAAUCAGCUUUGUUUCCCUCAGCACUAAUACACGAUCCACGUUUUUGACAAGACCUUCCUUUAGAUAUCCAAAGGGUGUAGCACUACAUGGAAAUUACAUCUACUGGACAGAAGGGCAGGGACAGAGUGGGGCAGUUUACAGGGCUGAUAGAGUAUCAGGUGGAAAUAAUAAAAAAAUUGUUGAUAACUUGCGUGGACCAGAAGAUGUCUGCGUAUAUGACGCGAAUGACACUGUGCAAACAGUAAAUUCCUCAUGUGGGAUAAACAACGGAGGUUGCAGCCAUCUUUGUUUACUGACGCCGCGUGGACAUCAGUGCGCAUGUCCUAAUGAAAUGAAAUUGAAGACUGACAAGAAAAAUUGUUAUUUUAGCGAAUUUUUGUUGUAUGCCGACUCAAGUAGACGGAAGAUAUUCCUGAUUAAUUUGGAUAACCCACAAGCACAACCAACUGCUGUGAAAUUAGGCAAUACGCCAGAACCUGAAGCACUGGACUAUGACCCACAGGAACGCUUCAUUUACUGGUCCGAGCUGCAGCUGCGUCAGAUAUUACGUGCUCAUCCUGAUGGUAGCGCAAAAAAGAUUAUUGUCAACAACGGUCUGCAAAGUCCUAAAGGACUUGCAGUGGAUCACGUUGGACGGAAUCUGUAUUGGACAGACUUUGAUGCCAAUAGGAUUGAAGUGUCAAAACUCAAUGGAUCAGAAAGGAAGGUUCUAGUCUCUCAGAACAAUCAGAAGCCUAUGGAUAUUGUGUUGGACUUGAAGAACGGGAUCAUGUACUGGUCCUCCUGGAGUAAUACACAACCUACUAUUGAACGUGCCUCUAUGGACGGAAGCAUGAGGAAAACCCUAGUACAAUUCUCCAGCGCCUGGUGGCAAUCGUCGAAACCAAAUGGAUUAGCACUAGAUCCCGAAAAUAGGAGACUUUACUGGGUUGACACGAGCAACUCUGUAAUACAGUACACUGACUUACAACAAGGAAAUGGUGCUAAGGUUACCCUCUCUGUGGGAAGUGCGUAUUUAUUCCAGCCCUACGGAUUAACACUGAAAGAAAAUACGUUGUAUUGGAGUACUUUUGGAUCUGUUUAUUCGGCAGAUAAGAUGACUGGUAGUAACGUGAAACGUCUCGCUGGAAGCUUCUCGAGACCUCGAGACGUUCAUGUCUACCAUAACUAUACCGGGAUACCUGACAAUCACCCUUGCACCUUGUUUAACGGUUGGUGUACACAUCUCUGUCUCUUAAAACCUGGGGGUUACCAGUGUGCGUGUCCUGCUAAUGUUGCCGUUGGCAUUUCCUGUAAAACAACACCUGUUUUCCCAUCAUCAACAGUUUCAUCUUAUCUAUCACCUUCACCUUCAUUUUCACCUUCACCUUCACCUUCACCCUCACCUUCACCGUCACCUUCUCCGUCACCGUCACCUUUACCGUUACCUUCACCUUCAUCUUCACCGUCACCUUCUCCUUCACCUUCUCCGUCACCAUUACCUUCACCUUCACCGUCGCCUUCACCUUCACCAUCGCCUUCACCUUCACCAUCACCUUCUCCUUCUCCUUCUCCUUCUCCUUCACCAUCACCUUCUCCUUCUCCUUCUCCUUCUCCUUCACCUUCUCCGUCACCCUCACCUUCACCUUCACCUUCAUCUUCAUUUUCACCGUCACCUUCACCUUCUUCUUCUUCUUCUCCUUCCCCUUCACCGUCACCAUCACCUUCACCAUCGUCUUCAUCCUCAUCUUCACCUCCACCUCCACCUGCACCUGCACCUGCACCUUCUCCUUCCCCUUCACCGUCACCUUCUCCUUCUCCUUCUUCUUCAACAUCACCGUCGUCAUCACAGUCACCACCAUCUUCAUCCUCAUCGUCAUCUUCACCUUCACCUUCACCUUCAUCUUCUCCUUCUCCUUCUCCUUCUCCUUCUCCUUCUCCUUCUCCUUCUCCUUCUCCUUCUCCUUCUCCUUCUCCUUCUCCUUCUCCUUCACCCUCACCAUCACCUUCAACAUCAUCUUCAUCCUCAUCUUCACCUCCACCUCCACCUCCAACUUCACCUUCUCCUUCACCUUCACCUUCACCCUCUCCUUCUCCUUCGCCGUCACCGUCACCGUCACCGUCACUGUCACCGUCACCGUCACCGCCACCGUCACCGCCACCCUCACCUUCACCUUCACCUUCACCUUCAUCUUCAUCUUCACCCUCACAAAAACCGUCACCCUUACCUUCAUCCUCACCCCCAUCAUCGUCCUCAUCUUCAUCUUCGCGGUCGUUAUCACAUGCACCAUCGCUCUCAACCACUUUAUUUAGGGUACCUUUGUUUUCGAGGUCACAAAUACUGCAUGUUUCGUCUUCAUCAAUUGCUGCUACACGAAGGAACUCACAAGGAAAGCCUACCUCGUCACAUAUGUCAACAAAACAUUCAUCUUUCAUAAAGUCAACUUCAUUAAGUGAGACAACAAUGACCCCAUCGCCAUCAGUGUCUUCAAAUAUAUUAUUGGCCUCCUCUGCGACAUCGCCAUCCUCAAGAGAUCCGUGCAUCUCAAAUCCGUGUCAGAAUGGUGGCACUUGUAUAAAAGGAAAACAAGGUGCAUUCAGUUGUGUAUGCCCUAUGAGGUAUGGGUUGUCACGCUGUCAACUCCUUGUAGGUAACGAUGUUGUGGAAAUAGCAUUCAAGACGGCAGUUGACCAAUGGAAAGAUGAUACCUUCCGGAAGAGCAUUUCAAGGGCUUUCACCGAGUACUGCAGGGACAAAUCCCCCUGCAAUCUUCGUCACAGCCCGGAAGAUAGAACCACAUUGCGCAGAAGGGAGGUAAUCGCUAAUGUUGCUUUUCGACCAGACGACGUCCUAGUGGUCAAUCGGUCUUCUGAAGCCGACAAACCAGGAUUGUUUACUGUCGUUGCGGCGGUACUCAUACCCUUAGAUGAACCACAGUCAAUAGCUGAACGGGAGACCAUCCCAGCUGUCAUUCUUUGCAGAAUGGUGGUGAGUACGUGGGAGCGGAUUUCAGAGUACAUGGGUGAUACCUCUAUAGAAUUGAUAAAUGGAGAGAAAGAUCCACCAUGUGUAUCGGAUUCAGAAGGCAAUGAUGAUAAUACCAGUGCGAAAAGGACGCAAGCCGCAGGUCGCCAGCAAGAGAAGUUAUCUUCUGUUGGAGUAGCUGGCACUGUCGUCGGCACUUUGAUACUCCUGAUGAUCAUUAUCGUUGUUGCUCUCUUGUUUUACAGGUCUCGAAGACGACCGCUUCGGGAUACAUUGGUAUGUUCAUUCAACAAUCCGGGCUUCGAACCCCGUGACUUCAAUAACGAUGAUUCAGACGCGGCUCCCUUCACCAUACCAGAUUACGAGGAAAUAUCACCUGUCAUGUCCUCCGAGACAGGGUACCGAAGUCAAAGAAUAUCUUCUUCCAGGCGCGAGAAGGACCCUCUAUACGCUGAAAUAGCCCCAUCGCUAGAGGCUAAGAUGAAGGAAACACGUGAUCACCAACACGAUGGCGAAGCCCAUUUGAGACAAGCCAGUGAUCAGGCGUUUGAAAGAAAGCACCGCGCAAAUGGACGCCUCCCUACUCAGAUACACAAUGAUAUUGCGAAACACCAUGGCCGAAAACGCUCAAACCCAAUUGCUGCUUUUAAUGCUACUUACGAAGCUUUCCCCGAGGAAUUCAAUUCUAAACCUAAAAACGGAAAAAUAAACUUUUCUUCAAACAGCAAAGACCGUCAUGAUAAAGCUAAGCGAAAGAAGUCCCCCUCAGGUGAACAGCGAGUUAGGCUCGUUUCCCCCAAAAGAAACCCCGAUUCUGGUUAUUCAAGCUUGGAAAAGAGAGAAUUCCACAAAGACGCCCUUAAACGUGAGGAACCGCACUAUUCGAAGCCUCCAGGUAAAAUGUUCGGCCCUGCCUCGACCCUUGACCCAUCCGUUGACGACGGACGAAAUAACAACUUCUACGCUCCGUUGGGUAUGAGUCUCGUGCAACCAAGCAAAGGCAAUGAGUUUGAUGGAUAUGCUCAACUUGACCCGUCACGUCUACUCAACACAGAUCCUCGAAGGAGUCGUUCAUCAAGAGAUCAGUUCCGUAAUGUGAACUCCGUGCAUCCCAAGCUCGAAAAUUACGGACCUAAAAGAGGUGCUGCCUUUGAUGAUGCAGAAGAUGACGGAAGCCACUCUGGAAAGGGAGACACCGCAAUGAAGAAAGAUCGGUCACGAUCAAGCGAGGCGAGGGAUUCCGGCCAUCUUGAUUCCGCAAAGGAACGCGUGGAAUAUGAGAAUCAAAGCUAUGGCCACACUAGGAAUAACCAGAAAGCCUGGGAUGUAAAUCUAAGAGUUGAUGUUUCUGAUGAUGGAAACACGGCAGAGAAGUCAAAUCGAUCCCGUCCAAGCAAGGCAAGAGCUUCAGACCAGUUUGAUUUCCCAGACGAGCAAAGCAAAGGUGAAAAUUACUCGAGGGAUCAGCCUAGGAAUAACCAAGAAGACCGGGAUGAAGGAGAAGCACCUGUUUUAUAUUUGGCGACUGAACUUGGUCCCGACGAGACGAUAAUUUGAUUCUUUUGCGACCGUUAUAAUCUAGGGAACAUAUAGAGUUACUGGUAGCCAAUCGAUACAGAGUGCAGAUUACAACCGUUUAAAAAGCUUGAAAAACCUGUUUUCAGAAACAAAAUCAUGAAUUGAUUAAAACUUAAUUGAUUCAGGUACACCUUCGAUCCUUGUUCACACGAGCACCGAAAGGGCAAAUAACGAUUGAUGAUAACCGUGACUACCUUGGAAGAAAAUGUAUGGCUAUGUGGAGACCAAAAGGACCGUCUGUUUUAAGGUGUCACACGUAAUAAUCAAGCGGGAGUCUGUAAAACGGAGUAUAACUGUAAUUAGUAUAUGCCACACAAGUGAAUAGUGCUUUUCGCGAACUCUGAUUGGUUAACUCGGAGGUGAUUAGCAAGUACUAUA